CGAACUUGUAUGCUUACUAUGUCUAAAUUGAUUUUAUACUCGAUUCUCACUCUCAGUAUACUGCCGAAUGUUGAUAACAACCAAUGUAAAAACCUUUGUCAAAUUUACAACCAGAGAUAUUGAUUGCAAUACUUAAUUGAGAAAGAUUUCAACGAAUUUUGGGAGGACAAAUAACUUUCUAUUUCUAUAGAAAACCGCAAUUGCGAAGUGAUAAAUGUGGCUAAUUAUGUAAAACUAAUAACUAGAAAAUUUAAGAACAAUACAAUUGUUUAAGAAAUUGCAGAAAAAACAUUUAAAUUAGCCUUUUACACGACUUAUGAUAUAGUUUUUUGUACACUACAAUGAAUUAUACACACAACGACACAAUGUUGUCUUCGGUGGUAUUUUUGAUCACGUCACUUUGCGUAAUUGCCACUCUGUUUCUAUAUAAAAAAAUAACCCAUACUUAUAGUUAUUGGAAAAGGAAGUCCGUAAUAUUUGCUGAACCAUUGCCCUUUUUUGGUAAUAUCAAAGACGCAGCAAUGUUUAAAUUGACUCAGGGUCAGUGUCUACAAAAUAUUUACAAUGAAUUUCCAAAUGAAAAGUAUGUUGGAAUAUAUCAAUUUUUAAAACCCACACUGUUACUUAGAGAUCCAGAAACUAUUAAAAUCUUCACAGUAAAAAAUUUUGCCCAUUUUACUGAUCGGGGAUUCUCUUAUGAUGGUCAUAGAGAACCAUUAACAAAUCACCUGGUAAACAUGGAAGGGGAUAUGUGGAAAAUUCUUCGUCAAAAACUAACACCAGCAUUUAGUUCCGGAAAAAUAAAAAACAUGAUGGGAAUGCUUAGAAAAUGUGGAGAACAGCUCAUUGAACACAUAGAAAAAGGAAUAUCAGCUGGAGUGACUGAUUACGAUAUGCGAGACUUAACUGCAAAAUACACCACUGACGUGAUAGGAACAUGCGCUUUUGGUUUGAACUGCAAUUCUCUCACGGACACAGACUCUGAAUUCAGACAAAUGGGUAACGCUGUUCUCAAUUCGUCGAUUUCAUUGGCAAUAGCUAAAGCUUUUCGGGUUUUUUUCCCAAAAAUGUUUAAUAUACUCAAUUUACGUACAUUUCCUAUAGAAGUUCAAAAGUUCUUUUUAGCUAUUGUAAAACAAACCAUUGCUUAUCGCCGAGACUAUAAAAUACAACGCGAUGACUUUAUUCAACUAUUGCUUGAAAUGAAAAGCAACCAAGAGUUUCAAAAUGAUGAAAAACAAUUUCCUACUAUCGAAUUAACAGAAGAACUGAUCGCUGCUCAGGUGUUUGUUUUUUUUUUGGCUGGUUUUGAAACGUCCUCAACAACCUUAAGUUUUUGCUUACAUGAAUUAGCACUCAAUCCCGAUAUACAGUUAAAAGUUCAAAUGGAAAUUGCUGAUAAAAUCAAUAAAGAUGGCCUUCCAUUUACUUACGAAUCUGUUAUUUCAAUGGAAUUCUUAGAACAAUGUAUUAAAGAAACAAUGAGAAAGUAUCCUCCAGUACAAGCAUUAGUACGAAAAUGUACUAAACCUUUUCAAUUACCUGACUCCAAAGCAGUAAUCGACGAAGGUACAGGAAUCCUCAUACCUGUUUACGGCAUACAUCACGAUCCAAAAUAUUACCCUGAGCCUGAAGUAUUUGAUCCCAAUAGAUUUAAAAAAGAAGAAAUUACCAAACGACCUACGAGCAGCUAUUUGCCGUUUGGCGAUGGACCACGUACAUGUAUAGGGAUGCGCUUUGCCAUGAUUGAAAUGAAAUUAGCUUUAGCCCAGUUUCUGCAAAAUUACUCAGUAUCAAUUAAUGAAAAAUCAAGCAGACAAAUUCAAUUCGAACCUGCGUCUUUCUUAUCUACUCCCAAAGGAGGUAUAUGGCUAAAAGUUAAAAAAAGAUAGGACCACUCAAAACUAUGCAGAAUUUAAAACACCUGUAUUGUAUAAUUAUUUUCAUAUAUCAUAACAAUUAAUAAUUAAGUUUUAAAUUAUUAUAAUGAUAAACUAAAAAAAUUGGCCACUAUUUGUAAACAUUAGUCAUUUAAGACCACUUGAAAAUGUUUUAAAAUAAAUAAAUACAAUAUAAAUAUACAAUAAUAUAAAAAAAUAAGAAGAAAACAAUUAUAAGAAAUAUAGAUUAUUUUGUUAUUUCAACUAUUUUUAACAACCUAAUAACACACAAAAUGUUCUCAUUAUUAUGUUUUAAAACUAAAUUAUAAAUAAAAAAUAUAUGUAUAAAUAAAUACAUAUAUCAAUAGAAAGUAUCUUUUCUGUAAUAU